CCUUUCAUUAUUAUUAUUGUCAUCUGCUUCGUUCCCAAUUUGUGUGUUGCGAGAGAGAGAGAUCUAGGGUUUGAUCGAUUCUCCAGCGACGAUGUUAAGCGACGAUUCGAGGGCGAAAAGAGCUGCGACUGAGGAGGAAUCUGACUCUUCUGUCUCAAAAAAGCCGAAGAUCGAAGAUGAAGACGACACAUGCAUGGAAGACGAAGACGAUAGCGAUAGCAAUAACCCAUUCUUAUGGAGUACCGACGGAGAAAACGAUGACUCUCCGACAAUCAACUAUUUAAACUUUCAAGAUCCGGAACCGGAGUGGGAUAAGGACAGUUACGAUGGUUACGAAUUGGAAUUCGAUCCUGACGGCCGUGAAGGUUUCCCCGACGACAAGGCGUACCAAGACUUCCGCGACUAUAAAACCAAGGCCUUUAAGAAUAGGGGGUUUUUUGAAGAUCCAUUCAGAUCCAUCUACCCGAUUAUAGAUCUGGAAGAUCUUUGGUCAGACACGACAAACGUGACUAGGAGGCAAUAUUUGGCAAAUAUUGCUUCCCUGUGUGUUAAGAAACUCAACGAGCAGAAUGUGAGUAGAGUACUGUGUGACUUGCAUUAG